AAAUCCAAGAGCUUAAAGAUAUGAAGCAGAGUAUUGAUGACCUCAAGGCUUACACCCAAAAAGGUGUCCGAAACCUCCAGAAACAACUGCGGGCUUUGAAGACGCUGAUGGAAGAAAAUGCAAGAAGACAGCACAUUCCAGUCUUCCAUGUUCGUUCAUCUGAAGGUGGAUACAAACUAUCCUUUAAUCAAGUUCAACAGGCAUGCAUUGAACGAGGUGCCAAAAUCGCAACACCAGCCCAACUGCAAGCUGCAUGGGAAGAUGGACUGGAUGUCUGUGCAUUUGGUUGGGCAGCCGAUGGGAAAAUUUACCUCCCUAUCCGUUACCCUAGACCUGGUUGUGGGAGUAGCAGAUCCCUGACAACUGGACAUAAGGGCUGGAUUGACCAAAAUGCUAGUGGAAAGGCAGAUGUUUAUUGUUUCAAGCUGUAACUUUAUCAUGAAAAUA